AUGUCGUACAAUGUUUUUAAAUUACACUCAGAUCAAGAUGUUCACGAAAUAGAAGAUGAUCAAAAUCCAGCCAAUAAAACCGUUUAUUUUACAUAUAUAAUAAACGAGGUCAAAUUUUAUGAUAAAGCAGUUGUGGAGUAUGAUCUUGGUUAUGAUAUGCCAAAAGAAUAUGUUAUUGCUGAUUUUGGUUGUGGUGAUGCUAAGCUUUGUGAACCAGUUGAACAAAAAGUUCACUCACUUGAUUUAGUUGCUGUCAAUGAUAAAGUCACAGCUUGUGAUAUGGCACAUACAUCCCUGCUAACUAUCAGUGUUAAUGUUGUUGUAUUUUGUUUGUCAUUCAUAGGAAAAAAUUUAGCAGAUUAUCUUUUAGAAGCGAAAUGUGUUUUAAAACAAGAUGGGAUAUUAAAAAUUGCUGAUGUUGUAAGUCGCUUUGAAAAUAUUAAAGAAUUUGUAAAGUCAUUAGACAAAUAUGGCUUUCAAAAUACAUAUCAAGAUUUGUCAAAUAAUUUAUUUUAUUUUAUGGACUUUAAAAAAAUUGAAGAUGUCAAUAGAAGAAAUAAAAAUCUUCCACAAAUUUAUUUAAAAACAUGCUUAUACAAAAGAAGAUAA